AUGCGGCGAGAGCAGGUUUCAACGGCGGAGGAACUGUUACCCCAUGUGCCACCCGCUCCCACUAAACCACGAAAGAGCCUUUUUGGUAGGCAGCUGCUAAGUACACUGAAGCUAGGUAUCUUGCUACGAAUUCGUUCCCCCAUCAGUUGCAUUGUAGAGCUUCUCAUCCCCAUCAUCUUUAUUAUUGGCAGUGUCAUAUUGUCGCGGGCAAUAAAAGAUGGACACCAUAAAGGUGAGGACUUUGUGAGCUACCCUGCAACUAAGCUUGCACUUACACAACAGUCUGAAGUUCUUUCUUCACUGUGUUACAACAUUACGAUGAGCGGGGAGGCUAUUGCUGGCCUGAAAUCUUGUGCAGCCAAAGGGGGUGAAGUGCAUUGCUUUGGAACUGCUGAAGGCCUGCCACUUGACGGGAUAUGUAUCCAGACGAAUAAAACACCAAUAAUGUUUGGAAUGAUGGCCUUUCGCGUGCUCUCAAGCUACGGUUAUAGUUUGAUGCCUGUUCCCUCCUUCGAUGAGAUUGUAAAGAUGCAAUGGAUGGCAAAGUGUUUCUUGGGAUUGCUCGGUUCAGCGCGACUCCCUGGCAGCAUUGAUCACUCUGGCUGGCUUUACGUCUCCCCCAGGAAUGCCUACACGGAAUCGUUGGUGUCGCAUUUAAAUGAAACUACGUCACUCUUCAAGUAUGUGUUUGCCCGAUAUUUUGACGCCAUUGACGAAGCCAACGAGCACCUGCAUAAUCCCAAGGAUUCUGUGGGAAAUUGGGGUGUGAUUCAUGUUGAAAGUGCCUCUGUUGACCUGGCAAACCCACAUCUUAACGUUGUGAUUCGCCUCAACGCCAGUGCGCUUCCAAGUACCUCAAGUGCAGUGUCUCGUGUUUACGCUGGUGGAAAAACUCAGCAUGCUUCGAUGUAUCUUCUUUCGGGUUUCCUCACGUUACAGAAGGAGGUAUAUAAUCAUUUUAUUUCAAAAAAAAUGCGAUUGAAAGAAGUGCCAGUUCCGUUUCUUGCACUAAUGGGAACAGUGGACUACACCGAUAGGACAUUUUUAAUAAUUGCGGGCAACAUGGUCCCUCUUUUGAUGGUGCUUGGAUUUUUGUAUCCUGUGUCACAAGCCACUAAACGGAUUGUGUUGGACAAGGAAUUACGAAUGAAGGAGGCUCUACUCGUCAUGGGGUUGCAGCAGAGAGUUCAAUACAUUGCGUGGUUCAUUCUCGUUACGGCGCAGUACGUCCUUGUGUCACUCGUAUGUGCCAUUCUACUGAAGACCACAUAUUUGAGCAAUUCGAACUUUGGAGUCAUUUUUUUCCUCUUCUUCUUCUUUUCCUUGACGACCAUCACCUUGUCUGGACUUAUUGCCUCAUUCUUUUCCAAAUCACGGAUUUCGUCUAUGAUGGCCCCAGUCAUUUACUUUUUGUUAGCAGCCCCGUUUUUUGCCAUUGGAAAUGUCAGCAGCAAGGUCAUAUACGUGCUUUGUCUCUUGUCCCCGUCAGCCUUUUCGAGAGGGCUUAUGCUGUUGUUUAACCACGAGAUAUCUCUCGGAUUCCUCAGAAAAGAUUUCAACAGUGCCUUUGACGAACCAAAUAUGUUUUUCGUCUUCAUCAUCUUGAUUGUGGACUUGUUUCUUUACCUUGUGAUCAUGCUCUACCUGGAUGCCGUGAUACCAAAUGACUGGGGAACCCCGAGACAUCCACUCUUCUGCAUUCUUGAGCCCAUUUCCCGUCUUUGCAGACGAAAGUGGGAGUGUAAUAGCGACGUGGACGGUCGUAAUCCGGAUGGCGUCUUUGAACCACAAUCAGAGGAGGGAUUAGCGAGGACAACUGUGAAAAUUAUUGGCCUGACGAAAAAAUUCCGGAGAGGGUCUGAGGAGUUCCUUGCAGUGAAUCACAUGCACUGGGGUCUCGUUGAAGGAGAAAUCUCCGUCUUACUAGGUCACAACGGUGCCGGGAAGUCCACCACGAUGAACAUGAUGACAGGAAUGCUUAAGCCCGAUGGGGGAGACUGUUACAUUUACGGUCAUUCCAUCCGUAAGGAUUUGCGUGGGGCAAGACAAGAAAUUGGUUUCUGCCCUCAGCAUAACAUUUUGUGGCCAGAUCUCACCUGCCGUGAACACCUUGAAUACUUUUCUAGCAUCAAGGGGCUGACGGGAGAUGCUCAGAAGGAAGCCAUUGAGGCGGUGCUCAACGGUGUGGAUCUGCAGGAAAAAUGUAACUACACCUCCUCAGAGCUGUCCGGGGGACAAAAGCGAAAACUUUCUGUUGCCAUCGCAUUUGUUGGCAAUAGUCGUCUUAUUUUUCUUGAUGAACCCACAGCAGGCAUGGAUGUGGCUGCCCGACGUCACAUGUGGGAUCUCCUGCGAAAGAUGGCUAGGUCUCGCACGAUUCUUCUAAGCACACAUUUCAUGGAUGAGGCAGAUUUGCUUGGCGACCAAAUUACGAUUAUGAGUAAAGGAUCCCUGCAGUGCAGGGGUAGCAGCGUCUUUCUAAAGGCAAAUCUUGGUGUGGGGUACAAUAUCACGCUUUCUGUAACAAGUGUCUCUAAUCCACAUGAGAUUGGGGUUCUUAUUCGUUCUCAUGUUCCGUCUGCGGAAUUGUUAAGACACAGUGCGGGAGAAAUGUCCUACCGAUUACCCAUGUCCUACGUGAGGUGUUUUUCCGCAAUGCUCCGUGAUGUUGAGACGCUGGGUAGCAGGUACGGCGUGCAGAACUACACACUUUCGGCAACAACCUUGGAAGAAAUUUUCCUUCAUAUUGCUCAUGGGGAAGGAAUACAAGCGAAUUCAGCGGUAGAGAGGCCGCAGAAACGUCAGAUUGGAACUCUUGCUGAAGCAAGACCAAAAGCAAACAAAGACGAAAACCCUGCCGAGGAGUCUCUUGCUGUGGACACUCAGAUUGCAACUAACUCCAACCCACCCACGAAUACGGUUAAAGAGAACUCUCUGCAAGGAAUGACGUCGCAGUUUCAUUCCAGCUGGGACACACAACUUUUUGAAUCAGAGUCCAAACUCAUGUUGUCUCAGCUCAAAGUUUCCUUGCUGAAACGCUAUCUCAAUGCCAUACGUGAUCGUCGUACGCAAUUGGUUCAAAUUGUCUUCCCAAUCCUUAUGAUUGUUGUUGCUUUGCUUCUCAACAAGGUGAACUUCAUCAAUCAUCCGUCGCUGACACUUUCUUCGGACAUGUAUAAUGAACAUGUUCAGAUUGACGUGGCCAACUGCAAGGACACCAUCGAUACGUCCAUGCCUUUUUCCAAGUCUGCGUCGCUUGUUGUUCAUGAUGGUAUUGCGGAUACCAAGGAAUUUUCCUCAUAUCUUAUCAAAAGCUACAAUACACAUGCGCUGAACCGGUAUACGGGUAUAAACUGUGGCGAUCCUGUCUACAAAGGCACCACAGCUCUCUUUGCUAACGCAUCAGCUUUACAUGCUGCCGCUGUGGGUAUGGUUGGAUUUUAUGGUGCGGUUUUGCAUAAGGCAAUACCUACUUUAUCUGCGCUACAUACGGAAGACAUUUUACAAGUGCAUAACUUCCCCAUGCUUCGAACAAAACAUGAAGACGCAUUUCGCAAUAUGAUGAAAGCGGUACUCAUGAGUAUUUUGAUUAUGAUCCCAUUUUCGUUUAUCCCCUCGACCUUUGUGUCCUUUGUGGUGAAGGAACGAGAAUGUAAGGCUCGUCAUUUGCAAAACGUCUCAGGGAUGCGGUUCUCCAUCUAUUGGUUGUCCAACUACAUCUUUGACCUUUGCUGCUACCUUAUUACGAUGAUAUUGGUUAUUAUAGUCAUGCUGAUGUUUCAGAGAGAUGAAUACAUUUCAGACACAACAUUUGGCCCUACAUUUAUUCUGCUUCUGAUGUACGGGUUAUCAUGCAUCGCCAUGUCAUAUGCGGUGUCAUUUUUGUUUAAGGAGCACUCCUCGGCGCAGAAUGUUGUACUAAUGGUCAAUUUUAUUACUGGAUUUUUCUUGGUACUGCUGGGGAUCAUCCUUAUCAUGUUGCCAGACACGCAGAAGGCAGGCGAGGGACUCAAGUGGCUGUUCCGUAUCUUCCCUAGCUACUGUAUUGGCGAGGGCAUUGUGAACUUGGCAUCGUUGCCGGGUCAACAAGGCAUGAGCGACACCAUCAUUUCACCGUGGAGUCUCAAUGUGGUCGGAUUCCCCAUUAUCUACAUGGCGCUUGAAAUACCACUUUUCAUACUAAUUACACUCUUUUUGGAUCAUCCAGCACGUCGCAUGCGCACAGAAAUGAUGUUCCAUCGAACAGACACUGAGGAGGAGCUGAUCUCGGAUGAAGAUGAUGAUGUGACGAUGGAGCGUUGUCGUAUCGCUAAUGAGAAUAGCGAUGCGUCAGAGGAUCUUGUUCGGGUAGUCAACCUGCGCAAGGUGUACAGCAAUGGUAAAGUUGCCGUACGCAAUUUAAGCUUUGGGGUACACCCUGGGGAGGUGUUUGGAUUUCUUGGCACCAACGGUGCUGGUAAGACGACGACGAUUGCCAUUUUAUGCCAAGAAAUGGUCCCAACCAGUGGACGGGCAUUCGUCUGUGGUAAAGACACCGUAGAAAACCCACGUGAAGCGUUGCAUUACAUUGGAUACUGUCCACAGUUUGACGCAUUGCUGGAUCUUUUAACGGUGGAGGAGCAUCUGCAGCUGUACGCUGGCAUUCGUGGUGUGAUGAAAUGCGAUCGAAAGCUGGUGGUUGCUGAGUUGAUGCAGCUGUUCGAACUCAGCACCUACCACAAGACACGUGCUGGGCAACUUAGCGGUGGUAACAGGCGCAAACUUUCUGUCGCUCUUGCCCUUAUUGGUGGUCCACGUGCCGUUUUUCUUGACGAGCCUUCGGCUGGCAUGGAUCCUGUUGCGCGGCGUGGGCUUUGGACGGCCAUUCAAAGCAUCCCGAAGUCCUGCUCCGUCGUGUUAACAACACAUCAUUUGGAGGAGGUGGAGGCAUUGGCGCAUCGCGUCGCCAUCAUGGCGAACGGCAGUUUACGCUGUCUGGGGACCAAAACGCAUUUGAAGCAGAAGUAUGGAAGCGGAUAUGAAGUGACAAUUCGCACGGGGGAAACUGUUUGGCAACCCAUGGUGGAAAAGUUUUUUUCAAGGUAUUUCCCAACUGCUGCACUCAACGAGGUGCGGGGAAAUCGUUACACGUACGCGUUGCCGACUACCAUGUCUCUUUCUGAGGCCUUUGGCGUGCUGGAAACGCACGGGGGAGAAAUCUGCAUUGCCGACUACGCCGUGUCUCAGACAAGCAUUGAACAGGUGUUUCUCCGCAUCAGUGAACAGACGGAGCAGGAAGCGGUUACAAGUGUUACGCCAGAGUAA